AUGUUGGCGAGCUCAGAAAAUGGCCCAGAAGGUGUGGCUGGACCCGGGGACUCACAUGCUGCUCUCUUCUGUGGCCUGAAUGUUGACUUGGGCCUUUUCUUCCAUCAGUGGCUUCCUCAUAUAGACAGGAGGACUGCCCACUGGCAGCUGCACAGUAAAUCCUCCAUACAGCACCUUGAUUCCACCAGAAGCAAAAGUGUCUUUCUGAGACGCCAAGAAGAUCCAAAAGUCACGUACAGCCACUAUAAAUUCAUUUUGAAACUCACUAAUGGGCAGCCGCAGAGUGUGGAAAACAUGAAUUACAUCAGCCAUAUGCAGCCGUGGCAGACCUGCCUUUCAUUUCCUCACAUUGCAGCUCUCUGUCAAGGGCGAGUGGUGAGAGUUCCUGCGGGCACCCUAUUCCGGGUGGUGGGCACCGAGCUGGUGGUCCCCUGCAAUGUCAGCGACUAUGACGGCCCCAGGGAACAGAACUUUGACUGGAGCUUCUCUUCUCCGGGAAGCAGCUUUGUGGAGCUCGCAAGCACCUGGGAGGUGGGCUUCCCAGCGCAGCAGUACCGGGAGCGGCUGCAGAGGGGCGAUAUCCUGUUGAAGCGAACUGCCAACGAUGCGGUUGAGCUCCAUAUAAAGAACAUCCAGCCCUCAGACCAAGGCCACUACAAGUGUUCUACUCCGAGCACAGAUGCCACUGUCCAAGGCAACUAUGAAGAUACAGUGCAGGUUAAAGUGCUGGCUGAUGCCCUCGAAGUGGGUCCCAACUCUCGGUCUCCUCCAAGCCUGAGCCUGCGCGAGGGGGAGCCCUUUGAGCUGCGAUGUACCGCAUCUACCAUGUCACCACUGCACACUCACCUGGCACUGCUCUGGGAGCUGCACCGUGGCCCCGUGCACCGCAGCAUCCUCACCCUCACCCAUGAGGGCAGGUUCCAUCCUGGUCCAGGCUAUGAGCAGCGGUACCACAGCGGGGAUGUACUCCUGGACACCGUGGGCAGUGAUGCCUACCGUCUUUCUGUGUCCCGAGCCCUGUCCGCAGACCAGGGCUCCUACAGGUGUGUGGUCAGUGAGUGGAUCGAAGAGCAGGGCAGCUGGCAAGAAAUCCAAGAAAAAGCUGUGGAAGUAGCCACUGUGGUGAUCCAGCCAACAGCUCUGCAAUUAGUUGUACCUAGGACAGUGUCCGUGGCUGAAGGAAAAGACCUGGACCUGUCCUGCAAUAUCACAACCGACCGCGUAGACGAUGUCCGGCCUGAGGUGACGUGGUACUUCAAAAGGACACCUGAUACCACCUUGCUUGCCUCCCACAUGUUGGCUCGACUGGACCGUGAUUCUCUGAUGCACAGCUCACCACACGUUGCUCUCAGUCACGUGGAUACCCGCUCCUACCAUCUGCUGGUGCGAGAUGUUAGCAAAGAAAACUCUGGCUAUUACCUGUGCCUUGUGGCCCUCUGGGCUCCUGGACACAAUAGGAGCUGGUACAAGGUAGCAGAGGCCUUAUCUCCCCUAUCUGGCGUGAGCGUGACCUGGCUCGAACCAGACUAUCAGGUCUACCUGAAUGCGUCUAAAGUCCCUGGGUUUUCAGAUGACCCCACAGAACUGGAAUGCCGAGUGGUAGACAUGAAGAGUGUGGAGGCCAAUGUUCGACUUACUGUGUCAUGGUACUAUAGAAUGAACCGGCGCAGUGACGACAUGGUGAGCAGCGAGCUUCUUGCAGUCAUGGAUGGGGACUGGACGCUGAGAUAUGGAGAGAGGAGCAAGCAGCGGGCCCAGGAUGGAGAGUUUAUUUUUUCUAAGGAACACACAGACAUGUUCAAUUUCCGGAUCCAAAGGACUACAGAGGAAGACAGGGGCAAUUAUUACUGUGUUGUGUCUGCCUGGACCAGGCAGCGAAACAACAGCUGGGUGAAGAGCAAGGAUGUCUUCUCCAAGCCUGUCAACAUAUUCUGGGCCUCAGAAGAUUCUGUGCUUGUGGUGAAGGCACGGCAACCGAAGCCCUUCUUCGCUGCAGGGAAUACGUUUGAGAUGACUUGCAAAGUGUCUUCCAAGAAUAUCAAGUCACCACGCUACUCUGUCCUCAUCACGGCUGAGAAGCCCGUCGGGGACCUCUCCAGUCCCAACGAAACCAAGUGCAUCAUCUCCCUAGACCAGGAUUCAGUGGUGAAGCUGGAGAACUGGACCGACGCCUCACGGGUGGACGGCGUGGUGUUGGAGAAGGUUCAGGAGGAUGAGUUUCGCUACCGAAUGUACCAAACUCAGAUCUCUGAUGCAGGGCUGUACCGCUGUGUGGUGACAGCUUGGUCUCUUGUCGGGGGCAGCAUGUGGCGAGAAGCAGCGACCAGUCUCUCCAAUCCUAUUGAGAUUGACUUCCAAACCUCAGGGCCCGUAUUUAAUGCCUCUGUGCAUUCAGACACUCCAUCAGUCAUCCGGGGAGACCUGAUCAAAUUGUUCUGUAUUGUCACCGUCGAAGGAGCAGUACUGGAUCCAGAUGACAUGGCCUUCGAUGUAUCCUGGUUUGCUGUGCACUCCUUCGGCUUGGACAAGGCUCCUGUCCUCCUGUCCUCCCUGGACCGGAAGGGAGUUGUGACUGCAGCCCAGAGGGAAUGGAAGAGCACCCUCAGCCUGGAGCGCGUGAGCGUGCUGGAAUUCCUGCUGCAGGUGCAUGGCUCUGAGGACCAAGACUUUGGCAACUACUAUUGUUCAGUGACUCCAUGGGUGAGGUCACCAACAGGCUCUUGGCAAAAAGAGACCGAAAUUCACUCCAGGCCCAUCUUUAUAACUGUGAAGAUGGAUGUAUUGAAUGCCUUCAAGUACCCACUGCUGAUUGGCGUGGGCCUGUCCACAGUCAUCGGGCUCCUGUCCUGCCUCAUCGGGUACUGCAGUUCCCACUGGUGCUGUAAAAAGGAGGUGCAGGAAACGCGUCGGGAGCGCCGCAGGCUCAUGUCAAUGGAGAUGGAUUAAGCAGCGGAGAUCAAGGGACGGAGGGACAUUGCAGGAACAGUGGGGGUGAGAAGAGGACAGUGGUACUUUAAAACAAAGUGUGUUCCACUAAAACCAGUCCUCUCUAAUCUCAGGUGGGACUUGGCGCUCACUCUUUUCUGCAUGUCAAGUUUUGAGCGCGGACAUGUUUACCAGCACACAGCUCUUCUUCCCACGGCACUUUCUGAUAUGUAACGAUCGAGUGUGUGUUUUCCCAGCUGCAGCAUUUUAAUGGUUAACCCUGGUCUAAUUUGUUUUCUCCUACUGGCUUAUCGAUCCUCUGACUUGUAUGUGUUGAUCGCUUUUGAGUGGAGGGGUUGUGGUGAGGAAGGGCAAAAAAAGCAUUGGGCGUUUUCCAUUGUGGAUGAGAGAGUACCCGCCUACCCGAGAGCCGGCUCCACAUGGGGCUGACUCCUGGAGAGCUGCUACCUGCUGCCCUCUGCCCUGGCUCAGAGAUGACACAGACCUAUGCCCAGGCUAACUGUGGCUUUACCCCUGCCCAUCCCCUAUUUUCAGGGGUUAACCUACAUUGGAAAUCUAAUCUUGGAGUAUAUAACUUCUUGAGCCAAUCACUUUUUUUUUGUUUGUUUCUCUGCCCUCUUCCAUUUGGGGGGCUUGUUUCCGAAAGGAAAUAGCAGCCCUCCGGUCUAGAUUUGGCUUUCCACCGAGCACCUUAUCUCGCCACCUUAGCCUUAAGAAUGAAUAUGAAGAAAAAUCCGUCGUCACCUCUGUCCAGGGCAGCAGUAGGUCUGUGUGGAAGAGGACACUUGGUGGCAAGGAAAGGAAUAGCUGCUCUCACCCUCCAGGGACGCCAGGGAGAGCAGGACUGGGGUCAGGGGGUGGGAGCGACAUCUGAAUUUUACAGUCCUAGCCAGCAACACAAUGGCACCAGGGACCAGUCGGCCUGAAGCAGCCCUGCUGUUGUCCUCCAGGAGAGACACUCAUUGGCCACCACAAGACCUACAUGACGAACCACGGAUGCGCCACGUCCUUCACCUGCCACUCCAGCUCCUUCACAUGAAGGCACGUUGCUGCCUGCAAGACUGACUGACUUCAAGGAAUCAGAAAUUGCCUCACAGAGUCGUGUGUUUUCUGUGACCUUUUCAGUCUUGAAGUCUUUUUAAGAUCCCUCUGGGGGGUAGAGAGGAAGGGUAUACUUUGCCUUCCUAUUAGGAACAUGAAGGGAACCUGACAAUUUGCUGUCAUGUGAACAGCCUGUAAAAUAGGGUUGAGAGCAGCUGGCUCUGCCUGACUGGGCCCAGCAGGAGCAGGACAGCAGACAGAGUCACAUCGUCAAGUUCCCAGAACCUGCUCUGGCAGAACCUCAGCUCCCCAACAUGUCACUCUAACAUUGACCUUCCACAAGCCUCUAGUGGGUGCUAAGGCUCACAGUUGAUUCAUGCCCUCGCUCAGCCCUCUGCACUCUGGCUCUGAAGGAUCUAACACUGCUGUCUUCCAAAGCGGGGAAAGAUUCUUUUUGUCUUGAGCAAUAAAAUAAUAAAAAAUGAUGACCAUUCAUGUGUGGCUCUUUGUCACCACAGACCAGGUGAACUGACCUGCCCCUGGCCUGCCACUCCACCUUGUGGCCCACAGUGGGCUCUGUGCUCAUCAGUUUUCCUUGAUUGUUUUGCCCUCUGUGGUGACUGCUCGUGUGAUGGAAACUAGAGUAUGUGCUGGCAAUUACAAUACAGGUGGGUCCAGAUUGAGUCUGUAUCGAGAAGAGGAGCAGCAGGCAGGCACUCCCCACCAAGCAAGAGAGGCCAGAAGAAGAAGGGAGGCUUGGUAGAUUUGGGUAUUUUCCCCAUGUUAUAUUCUUACUGCUAUUUCAGAGGAGGUAGGGGUAUAGGUGAUUGUCCAAACAAGGAUUUCAAAGAACACAGCUGGAAGCUGAUGCUCCAUUCGGAACAGCGGUGCCCUUUGAGCCCACGGAGUUGCUAAGAUUCAGAGUCAUUGUAGCAUAGCCCUUCUUAAGAGGAAGAGACAGACUUGUCUUGCAUGGGCCAGAUGGCCCUUGGUGGUGUAAGCAAAACCUCACAGGUCAGAGCAGACACUAAUGGUGAGAGGGGCAAGUACUCACGCCUGCCUUUCUCUCUCAGCUGAUGUUCAGGUUCAAGGCUGAGUUGUUGAGGCACAGGCCUUCACCCACCCACUGUGUUCAAACCCCAAGUCACUUGGGGAUGGGAGAGGAGCCAGAAAUCCCCAGGACAUUGUAAGUGUGAGCUAACACUCCGUUGUACCAAAUAGGGUUCCCCUGCGAAGUGUCCUUCGCAAGGCUCCGGCCUCCAAUGCUGCUUUGAAGGAAGCAAAGAGCAAGCCAGGCCUCGCAAGGAUGAGAUUGCACUUCUUAAAAAGAAACUUUAUAGAAGAUUAGGUUUUUUCCUAAUCACAAAAAAUAUCCCCCAGAAAGAGCCUAAACUCCAUUCAGAUUGAAGCCUCGAAAUUACUUUAAAUUGUUUACUUUCCGAUGUUUACACACACAACUCACUUUUUUAAAAAUACAGAAAAUGCAAACUCUGGCUUUUUAACAACUUUUCAGAUUUUUCAUGCAUGGGACGCUGGAACUGCAACUCACCAGCUGGAUUAAAUCUUUUAGAUGUACCAAUGUGUAUUUCUUCCUCCCCCUUCCCCCCCUUGCAGCCAUGAGACUCCCUCCUGCCCAGACCUCCGUCUGUGUCUCUGGUGGCUCUGGCCUCCUGCUUUGCAGACUGCCUGCAGCCAUGGCUCCGUUACUGGCGUCUGUGAGCCAAAGACUGCGCCUUUAGAGCAGGAACUUAAUAAGCAAUACUACACAACUUGCUAUUUUCAGAAAACUUUUUUUUUUAGCUUCACCGAUGACAGAGGAAGAAGGGAACUGGGAUUUGGGUAAGUUCUCCUCCACUGUUUGACCAAAUUCUCAGAGAUAAGUGUGUGUGUGCAGAUCACUAGGAGAACAAGGUUGGCUUUCUUUCCCCAAGUAUAACAUAAGGAUCUGCAGAAUUGUCCGUAGACAAAGAAAAGGUCUUGUGUAUUUUUGUCCAUAUCCAAUGUUAUGCGAACUAAUUGUGUUGUUUUAUACUGUGACCACAAAUAUUAUGCAAUGCACCAUUUGUUUUUAUUUCAUUAAAGGAAGUUUAAUUUAAAUUGAA